GGUGAGCUGCUAUAUGUAUAUGGACAGUGGCGUUCUCACCCAGCCUUUCCGGGUCUCACAUCGCCAAAUAUCAACAUCGUCAACAUCGCGACUGACCUCAGACUAUCAUUGCGAUAUAUCACUGUCGUCGUGCCCCUCUCCGGUGUGCAUCCGAAAGGCAGCACAGGAUCCGGAACCCCGCUCUGCGACCACAGACGAAAAGCUCAUGUAGCAAGAAGCUCUUAUCGGCGGGCAAGAGACUCGGAAUCUAGAGAAAACCCCCCAUCGAAACGAUUCGUAUACCCUACUGUCACUCACCGUCGUACAAUGUUGUCCCUCUCGAUUCCGGUCAUCCUCACCCUCUCCACCUUCGCUCAUGGCCUUCUUGUGAAUCCUACAUCCCCGCAAUGCGCAGACGUGUGCGGGAACUCCCUGACCAGCACGUCUGGCUCGGAGAUGACCUGUAACGAUCUGGCGUACUAUUCUUCUCUGUACGGAGCUACGUUCAAGCAGUGCAUUGCGUGCGAGCUGAAUAGCACGUACUAUGAUCCCACGUCCAAGGUGUCGGAUCUGAAUUACGCGAUAUAUAACCUACGAUAUGCGCUCUCGUGGUGUUUAUUUGGUUUGGAUAAUAAUACUGCUUUAACAGAUACUCCUUGUUUAACACUCUUCUCAUGCGGCCCCCUCCAAGGCGCCUUCGAAUACGACAACCUAAACCAAUCCGCAUCCCCCUACUCCUACUGCCCGUCUCUGAACAGCGUCUCCGUCCCAAAAUGCUCUUCCUGCCUCCAAGAAAUGGGCAACGAGAACUACCUCGCAAACUACGUAACAAUCCUCAAAGCAGCCUGUCUCCAGCAACCUGCGCCCGGCGGCUCCCUCUCCAUAGCAGGCACCCCCUUCUCCUCCACAAUGGUCAACAUAACCACGCCCUCCGCAACCCCCAUCUCGUCCUACAACCCCUCAUCCGGCGGCCUCUCCCUCGGUGCCAAAAUCGGCAUCGCAGUCGGCGGGCUGCUGUUCCUGCUCAUCAUGUCAGGCUGCUGCAUCGUCUGGACCGGCAAACGACGUCGUCGCCGCGUUUUGGCUGAGAAAGCUAGGGCGUCGGGAUACGAGUGGCAAGCUGGUCGACAUGGAACUACGCCGCUGGAAACCAGCCAGCAUAGUAAUAAUGGCGGACAUGCGCAAUUCUUCGAUUCGCCGCAGAGUCAAAAACCGCUGUUCACGACGAACGCGUGGGGACAAAUCGUAGAUGAAAGUCCCGUGUCGGGACACCCUGAUUCGGCCAUCUCACGAGGAGGAGGGGGUGGGUUCGAGAAAGCGUAUUUCAGCCCGUAUUCAAGCACGUACACGUCUCCUGUGUCGGCGGUGGAGCGGAGGGGCGAGCAGGGGUGGCCGAGGGAUCAGAAGAAGGCGGUCGUGGAGCCGGAGGAUGAGAGGGGCGAGAGGAUCGAGAUGGGUGCUGUGAUGAGUGGUGCGGGGGAGUAUCCAUUGGAUAGGAAGCAUGCGGUGGAGGAUUUCGGGAUUACGCCGGUGCAGGGCGGGGGAGGGGGCGCGGGUUGGGCGCCCAUUUUGAGUCAUCCGGGGUAUGGCAGGGGGAGAGGGGGGUUGGGAUUAGGAGAGGAGGAUGCGAGGAGGGGCGAUGCGAUGUGAGGGUUGAGAGAGAGCUUGUGAUUGUUUCUUGAUACGAGGUGAAGGGAGGAGGCG